CCUGUCUCAUAGCCGCACAUGCGCAGUGUGCGCCACUGUCACAAUCUGUCUGAAGGAAUUUCGGAAAGAGUUUGGAUCAGCGCGAACAAUACACGCUUUCUGAAGACUUAAACCGAUCGAUACAAGUCUUAUCCGUCUCUUGUCCUGGAAUCAACUUCAACCCCAGAGCGUUGAGCUUAAGGCCACAGGAGGGGCGGCGAACUUGGACACCAGCAAGAUGGCAGACAUGACAGUGGAGGACAUCACAAUGAGAGCCAACCAAGUUACAGAUGAGUCACUUGAAAGCACUCGGCGGAUGCUACAGUUGGCAGAGGAGAGCCGGGAGACGGGUGUCAAAACAAUGACCAUGCUGGAUGAGCAGGGAGAGCAACUGAGGCGAGUCGAUCAAGGAAUGGACCAGAUCAAUCAGGACAUGAGGCAGGCCGAGAAGAACCUGACUGAUCUGUCCAAAUGCUGUGGCUUGUGUGUGUGCCCAUGUGACAGAGUGACGUCUAUUGAGCAUGAUGGGAGAUAUAAGAAGACUUGGGGCACAGGUAGUGAUAACCCCGGCAUGGAGGGAAAAGAGGGCGGAGUUGUAUCCAGCCAACCAACUGCUGUUCGCAAUGGACAGGCUGUUUCGAGUGGGUCAGGGGGCGCAUCUGGCCCCUACAUUAAGAGAGUCACAAAUGAUGCGCGAGAAGAUGAGAUGGAGGAGAAUCUGGACCAGGUGGGUGGCAUCAUCGGGAAUCUCAAGAAUUUGGCCUUGGAUAUGGGCAAUGAGAUUGAAAAACAGAACAAAACCAUUGACCGCAUCACUGAUAAGGCUGAUAUGAAUAAAGCUCGUAUUGAUGAAGCCAACCAGCGAGCCAACAAACUUCUGUAGAGAAUGGACACUGCUAGCAUCCCUUAGGAGCCUGAUUGUUUCCUCCCUCUCUCUCUCUCUCUCUCUCUCUCUCUCUUUCUCUCACACACACACUUUCUGCUUUACAGCAAUGAAUUGCAUCAAGUGAGUUAAGUUCUUCCAGUGCCAUAUGUGCCUUUUUUUGCCGUUCUGUUUGUACUAUUGUAAAUAGUUGGACACAUGCACACAGAUCUAUUCCAGAGCCUCCUGUACAAUCAUGUCUUCACCCUUAAUAUGUGAGCCAGAUAUGCUGGACGCACUGAGUGCAGUUGUUUCUGUGUUUUGCUCACUGCUGAAAUGUUUCACUAAUCUGAAUGAAGGGCUAAAUACUUACGACAGAACUUUUAAUGUUCUGGUUCGCUCCUCUUAUAGCCGUUGAUGUACGUUUGGGCUAAUGAUAUCAUUUUUGGUUUUUAUGUAAUUUUUUUUCUGUUUAGCUUUAUCUGUGACUGAUCAUUCUCAUAUUUAAUUAUCUUAAUACAUUAAUGGGCCUUGUGAAUACAGUAAGUCCUGUUCAAUGUUUAGCUGGAAAUGUAUGGUAACGUCCUUUUUAAUAGCAUAAUUUACCAUGCUAUAUAGAAAUAGGACAUGUCAAUAUGUAUCUAUUAUACUGCCAAUAAACCCAAUAAAAUCA